AUGUCGGAGUUCUCUAAGCUAAAGGCAGCACGAAAAUUGCGAGAAACAAAGUCGUACGUUGGGUCAAAGUCACCUGGAUCUGUAGCGUCGAGUUCAUCGGACGUCGUUCCAACCACAGAUUCCCCUACAAAAAUCUUUGACGCAGAAACAUCGCAGGCGGUGACAACAGUUGUCGAAAUGGGCGAACUUUAUAGGUCUUUGAACUCAGCACUAGAAGUAAGAGUAACGAACGACGAGAAGGGAAGGUACCGAGGGGUGUUCAACAAGUUUCUCCGGAAGCCUGGCGACGUUCUUCUUUCUGUAAAACCCAACGUCGCAGCCCUUUCAAUUCAACACUUGGAAGAUUACUGCUCGAACUGCUUUGGUCCUGGUUCUGAGCCGUUAAAGAGAUGUACCAUCUGCAAAGUUGUGCACUAUUGCGAUUCAAAGUGUCAAUCGGCAGAUUGGAUCUUUCACAAACAGGAAUGUGUCGCUUUGCAGAGAUGGGUUUCCAAUCGGUCCGCCGCGGCCGAACCCUCUUCGUCUCUCUCGGAUUCAUCGCCUCCGCUGCCUCGCGUUCCCAACGAUGCUAUCCGAUGUCUGGCUCGGAUUCUCUGGAGAAGACAAAAGAUGGGUGACGCUAGUAUCUGGGCUAGGGAAAUUGACGCUAUGCAAUCUCACCGGACAUCGUUGUCAAAAGACCCAAAUGCUCGAGACUCACAGCUCCAUACGUUUCUGGCCCAUUCCCUGGUUCGCUAUCUGGGCCUCUCAUCUCUAGAAGAGCUCGCAGCUUUCGGUAUGCAGAAUACGUCUGAUCUAGUGGACCUAAUCUCUCGGUUCACCACUAAUACUUUUACGAUCACAUCUCCGACCCUAGCCCCGCUUGGAGCCUGUGUAUCCCCCUCUGUGGCACUGAUAAACCAUUCUUGCGAUCCCAACGCAGCGGUCGUGUUUCCCCGCUCGGCGAAGGAGGGUGAGCCCCUUAUGCAAGUUGUUGCACUCAAGUACAUCGGUCCAGAUGAGGAGAUUCUUACUGCCUAUAUUGACACCACACUGCCCACGGGAUUGAGACAGCAAGCUCUGAAGGAGACGUACCACUUCGUCUGCGAAUGUCCCUUGUGCUCACCCCCGCCAACGAGCUCUGUUGACUGGAGAGAAGCGAUGUGGUGCCCAAAGAAAUGUGGCGGGGUAUGUAGGGUGCCCACGGAGGGAAACAGCCUGACACGAUGCGAAAAAUGUAAAGCGCCGGUCAAAGAUACCGACGCUGUUUUGGACGCGCUACGGGUUGGUCAAGAAGGGUUAGACAAAGCUGAGAAAGUGCAGUUUUCAGACCCAGCGAAAGCUUUGCAACUCACAACGAACCUCAUACCCAUUCUGAUCUCCGCUGGCCUUGUCCCAGCUUCUCACCCCCUCCUCGGCCUUUCGAGGCUACACACCUCUUUCCUCAUCGCCAACCUGGGCUCUUCGCCCCUGUCCGCUGCCGGCUCAGAUGAAGAGAUACAAUCCCCGCAAGUUCAAGCUGAGGCCACACCAGCUCGAGCGCAAGAGGAGCUAGACGAAGCUAUCAGAGCCGCUACGCGUUCCAGCACAGGGCUCUGUCAGAUCCUGGUACACGGGCACCCUGUGAGGGGCGUUGCACUUGCUGAGCUUGGCAAGCUUCUCAGCGUCGACGAACCCGCGCCUAAGCACGUUGUUCAAGCUGGUCAAGACACACCAUCCUCGUCUGGGAUGCCUCAAGCGGCGGUGUACCCUCCUUCAGGGCCAGCUCGGCUGAAGUUGGCAUAUGACACGUUGGUGAGGACGAGAGGGGAGGUGAUGGUUGGGUUUGGAGCUGUGAGUGGAGGAGGAGAGUUGGGGACUCUGGUUAGGACCGCCAUUGUGGACCUGGAAAAGGAGUUGGGGGCUUGGAGCACGGGUCUGAGGAACGUGAGGGAGGUUGAGAUGAAGGGGGGUAGGUGA